AUGGCCAGCGGCGUCCCCGUCACGGCAUCUCCUCCUCGUCCUCCUCCGCAUCCGGUAAUGGAGGAGGAAGACGAGGGCCUCUUCCGCCUCCUGGAUGAGCUCGAGGUCUUCGAGGUUCAGGGCCGGGACAAGCGCGGCCGCCGGAUCCUCCGCGUCGUCGGAAAGUUCUUCCCCGGUAAGGAGGUUUCUUGCGAUUCUGGCCGAUUCUUCUGCCGCUUUUGUUGUGGAGGGGGAAAUAACGGAAGAUUGUGUGUUGCAGCGAGGGUUAUCAAGCCGGCGACUCUGGUUAGGUAUUUGGAGAGGAGGAUCUUCCCGGAGCUGCUGGGGAAGAAGGGGAAGGGAGGACCCUUCGUCAUCGUGUACGUGCACACCUACGUGCAGAGGCUCGAGAACUUCCCCGGCGUCUCUGCCCUUCGAUCCAUCUACGAGAGCCUCUCGCCGGCCGUCCGGGACAACCUCGAGGCCGUCUUCUUCGUUCACCCCGGUCUCCAAUCCCGGCUGUUCUUCGCCACCUUCGGCCGCUUCCUCUUCAGCGCCGGGUAAGGGAUUCCCUUCUCCCAGUACUAAAAAACCUGAAUCGAACCAGCCGAUCAAUUAUGUAACGCCUUCUCCGAUCGACGGUGGCAGGCUGUACGGGAAGCUCAGAUACAUGAACCGGCUGGAGUUCCUGUGGGAGCACAUCAGGAGGGGAGAGGUGGAGGUCCCGGAGUUCGUCCUCGACCACGACGAGGAACUGGAGCACCGCCCCCUCAUGGACUACGGCCUCGAGAGCGACUACCAGCACCACCGCGCCUACGACGCCCCCGCCAUGGACUCCGCCUCCUCCAUGCACUCCCUCCGCUGCAUCUCCUAG